UUAAUUCCCCUUUGGCUGUGGACGGGUUCCAAGCGCGUUCUUGAAGACCGACCAGUUCAAACUAAGAAUCCCUUGUAAAUCAACUCGCCAUUGGCUAACAGUAGCUACUCGUAUUCCGACCAGUGUGGUGUGACUGUUCUUCCAUCAAAUACGAAAUCGGUGGGCAGCAACGAAUUAAAAACCGAAUCGAGUUUGUCAUUAGAUAAAGUCCAGGGGAAAACCCGAGACAAACUUGUUUCGGGGGAAAAUCAACUAGGCCAAUCUCAAGACCAACAUCAGUUUCUGUGUGUCUUCUAAUUACAUUAGAAACAUGUUUGCCGCAGUGAUAUUUAUGGCUGCUUUCUCACUGGCAUUGGCAAGCAAUUCAACCUACCCCAGCUCCCCUGGAACUUCUUAUAAUAGUUAUCCAACUUAUGAUGCUGCAAGCAUUCCCCAAAACAAAAAGCCAUCAAAUGCUUCAUUCCCUGAUGAUGGUUGCGGAGACUACGCUGUUCGAUUUAAGGACGACGGAUAUUGUUACCCUGUUUUGAAAAAAGGACCGUGCAAAAGUUUGCUGUACUGGGUAACGGUCGACCCGUAUACCUACGAGGGAAAAUGCACUCCUCGCUUGUGUGGCAGAGAACGAGUAUUUGUUGGUCGCGACGGGCUUUGUCACGAUAUCUACGAUACGUACGAAUGCCAGGGAGGUCGACGUCUAUAUUACUCAGCUUACGGAGAUCCAAUAUGCGAUUGUCCGAUUGGACAAUAUCCUUUCCCUUCGGAUAAAGAUGAUUGCGUUCCUUUGUUUACUCAAGGACCGUGUCCAUACGAUAAAGUGGUGACAGUCAGUUCGUCGGGAAAAUUGGAAUGCGGUUCCAACACUUGUCCAUCUCUUGACAGAUACUAUCAAGAUUUUCUCCUGCAACUCGUGCCUGCUAAAGAAUCGAGGACCAUAGGCUAUGAUGAUGAUGAUGAUGGCUUCUGCUAUGCUUUAGGAACUCGUGGUCCUUGCUCGUAUUCUGAACUCUUCGGUUACAAUAUCUUUCAGGCUGAAGGACAGUGUCUCAACAUAGAGGAUCCAACGACACCGUAUUUUUCUUCAUCAAAGGAAAAUGCUCUUUUAGACGAGCUCUACAAUCACACAUCUGAAGAACCCGUAAAAAAGAGUGUUACAUUUUUUCGAAGUCAACAGCUAUCGAGGAACCGGAGACAAGCUAGUUUUGGAAUAGUUCAACAAAGCAGUGUAUUCCCGACAUCUAUGCUGAAUCCCUGUCAACUGGGCAAUCGUAACGGAAACAAUUUCAAGUGCACAAAUCCUUUGGUCCCGAGCAGACCAACACGUGAUGUCCAUCGGCCGUCUAGGCCUGGAUUCGGUUGCCGACCGAACGAUUUCCUGCAAGCUAAUGGGCAGUGUGGAAGCGACAGAGGUCCUGCCAGCUGUGGACCAUCUUAUCAAUUCGACAGAGCUACAAAUUCAUGCCGACCUCGCUUUUAAUUGAAAAAAACCCCUCCCGAAAACGUAUUGCUCUACGUAUAUAUUAUUAGAUACCAUUAUUUCCUAUUUCGGCCUUGAAAUCUCUUCGUAAUACGUACUUUCUACUUGGUAAGAAAAAGUGUUUGUGUUCAAAAUAAAUCUACAAUAGGCCUAAAGU